AUGUCUACAAGUGUGAAAAUGAAUCGUUCAAAUAACGUUCUGCAGAAUAAUGUUUCUGCCCUCUUACUUAACUCUCGACAUGGACAACAACAACAACAGCAGAAUCAACAACAGCAACAGCAACAGCAGCAUCCACAACAACAACAACAACGACAACAACAUCAGCAGAAUCAACAACCCACAGAUAUGUUUGUUGCCUGUUUUGAAGCUGCGUUAAAUGAGGAACUAAAGGAACAGACCAUUUCCAGUAGUUUCCGUGCCUGUUUUGAGAAGAUUGGAUCCCCGUAUGGUUUCAUCCGCAGUGAGGGAUUACGAGAGGCCCUGCAGCGAUUAUCGGAUUUCUCCGUGGAGGCGGCAGAAGAAGCCGCACGAUCGGCCGAAAUGAAUGGAAAAAAUCCCGCCGCCCCGCAUGUUCCGUUUGAUGCGAUCCGCUCCGCUGUGAUGUCCCGCACGGCUGUAGAGAUGCACAGCGGCGGCCCAACACCACUGCCGUUAUCCACACCAGCCGCCAUCGCAUCUUCUUCAACCACAACAGCAGCAGCAGCAGCAGCAGUAGUAAUGAAUACGGGAGGAACAAACACAACACUUUCAUCUGCAGUGGGAUCUUCUUGUAAAAGUGCAUCGUGGGAACGUACCCAGCGGGCCUUACAUGGAGCUCACUACACCACAGCCGUGUUUGAGUGUGUGUUGGUGCCGAGAAUACAAGAACGCUCACGAUAUAAUCCUGGUGGAUCGGAGAAUAUAGAGUUAUCGGAGGAGGAGGCACUGGUGUGGAAUACACUCACGCAUGCACAAUCCACCACUACACCAACACCGGCAGUAUCGGCAACGACUUCCAGAACCGCAACUGUAGCGCCUGUAGCGGGAAAGAGAAAACCACUGGAUGUGGUAUUGUCAGAAGUUACAUAUCAAGAACAGGAAUUAGCGUUUCGAUUACUACAGGGUCUUAGUUUAUUAGUUUAUGAUCAAAGACGUGUUAUUGCGGAAGGACUUCUUAUCCCAUAUGCUAUUGAAAUUUGGCAAUGUUGUUUACAACAUAUAGAGGCCCUUUUCCGACGUCGCCGUCGUAAUGCAUUAGUGGAAAAACCUGCAGGUGAUAGUAAUAGCCAUAUGUCUAUAAAGACAUUACUAGCGGAAGAUGGACCUAUACAGUUAAUCUCUGGUUUAGAAACCGUCGUGAUAGCGAGUAUUGAUGCGGUAGAGGCGGCAUGUCAUUACAAUCCAUUAGCGCUUGUGCGUAUUGUACAACAAGGCGGUAUUCGUGCUUUACUAGAUAUGGGACUUUGCCCUUAUGCCCCAUAUGAUAUUCGUUGUGCGGUAUUUGAUACGAUUAGUGUUCUCAUGCAAGAAGUGGCUCCAUUUAGACGAGCUGUUGCCGCUGGUGGAGCUGCGGUUGCUGCGGCUGUUCCCUUGACCGCAAUGGCUGGUGGUAAUAAUAAUAGUAAUAGUAAUAAUAAUAAUGGAGAAGAUGAUCUCAUUCAUACAAUGAUUCAAGAGACCAUGACGGGAAGUGUCAGUCGUCAGGCGGCUCCUCCGCCGUAUUUGAUGGAUCGUGCGAGUGCGUCGAAGUUUGAUUCCGCCGUGCGUGAGUGGUUUAGUCAACGUGGAUUGAGUCACGUGAUCUCUGCGGUGAUGGAACUGCGGGAUGUGCGGGGAACUCCCAUCGCGGCGGGAACAAUGUCGAAGGCGGAAGUCACUCGUAUUGUGCAGAGGGCCAGUCAACUGCGGGAAAAGAGAUUACAGGCAUUAUUGCAGGCAGUGGAUGGGAAACGGGCGGCGCUUUAG